GAUGCUCUUAGUCGACGAUUAAGCUGAAAAGUAAAUGUGGAUGAGGGACAUGUGUUGAUACACGUUGAUGCUAUCCAAGCAACUCCUCAAGCUUAUGGUCUUGGUUGAUGCAUGUAGUGCCCAAUUCUGAUUCACACUGAUUCACUCUUCUCCUUCCCAAAUCAAUAUAAAUAAACACCAACCUCAUUUCUUCAAUUUUAAUCUUGGGUUUCUUUACAUAAAUCCAUGGCUUCUUCAACCAAUUCAAUACUCUCAUCUUCUAAGCAAUUCUUUGGUUCUCAAUUAGUACUACUCUCACCCCCAACUCCCAAGACAACUAGAUCAUCUUCCUUGCCUUCUCUAUCUAAACACAAAUUCUUGAUAGCCCAUUCACUUCUCAAUCACAACAAGAAGCCCAAGUCUUCUAAUCUUGUUCAGAAUUUGACUUCUAAUGCUGCUUUGGCGGCCUUGCUUUUCUCCUCAGUGGCUCCACAAGCUAUUGCUUUGGAUGACACUGUUCCACCACCAAGCGCUCCUGAGGUGAUUCAGGCUGAGGCUGCUUCAAAGUCUUCACCUUUUGCUCAGAGUCUUUCAUUGGAUGCUCCUAAGCCACAGGCUGUGGCUGAUAUUCCUGAUGGGACUCAGUGGAGGUACAGUGAGUUCUUGAAUGCGGUUAAAAAGGGGAAAGUUGAGAGGGUUAGGUUUAAUAAAGAUGGAGGGGUUUUGCAAUUGACUGCUGUUGAUGGGCGGAGAGCUAGUGUUGUUGUGCCUAAUGAUCCUGAUCUUAUUGAUAUUUUGGCAAUGAAUGGUGUCGAUAUUUCGGUUUCUGAGGGUGAAGCAAGCAAUGGGUUGCUUGGAUUUAUUGGGAAUUUGGUGUUUCCGUUUCUUGCUUUUGCUGGGUUGUUCUUUUUGUUUCAGAGGUCUCAGGGAGGGCCUGGAGGACCUGGGGGGUUAGGGGGGCCUAUGGAUUUUGGGAGGUCGAAAUCGAAGUUUCAGGAGGUUCCUGAGACUGGUGUCACGUUUGCUGAUGUUGCAGGGGCUGAUCAGGCUAAAUUGGAAUUACAGGAGGUGGUUGAUUUCUUGAAGAAUCCUGAUAAGUACACGGCUCUGGGUGCUAAGAUUCCUAAAGGGUGUCUUUUGGUUGGACCUCCGGGUACAGGGAAGACCCUUUUGGCUAGGGCGGUGGCUGGUGAGGCUGGCACUCCAUUCUUUUCAUGUGCUGCUUCUGAGUUUGUGGAAUUGUUUGUUGGUGUUGGUGCCUCAAGAGUGAGGGAUUUGUUUGAGAAGGCAAAGGCGAAAGCUCCUUGCAUUGUGUUUAUUGAUGAGAUUGAUGCUGUGGGGAGGCAGAGAGGAGCAGGAAUGGGAGGUGGAAAUGAUGAGAGAGAGCAGACUAUUAACCAGCUGUUGACAGAGAUGGACGGGUUCUCUGGUAAUUCUGGGGUUAUUGUCUUGGCUGCUACCAACAGGCCUGAUGUUCUUGAUUCAGCAUUGCUAAGGCCUGGAAGGUUUGACAGACAGGUUACAGUGGACAGGCCUGAUGUUGCUGGUAGAGUCAAGAUCCUUCAGGUGCAUUCCAGAGGAAAGUCUUUGGCAAAGGAUGUGGAUUUUGAUAAGGUUGCAAGGAGAACACCAGGUUUCACUGGAGCUGAUUUGCAAAACUUGAUGAAUGAAGCAGCCAUUCUCGCUGCCAGACGAGAUCUUAAAGAAAUCAGCAAAGAUGAGAUUGCUGAUGCUCUUGAGAGGAUAAUUGCUGGUCCAGAGAAGAAAAAUGCUGUCGUCUCAGAAGAGAAGAAGAAAUUGGUUGCUUACCAUGAGGCUGGGCAUGCUUUGGUUGGAGCACUCAUGCCUGAAUAUGAUCCAGUAGCCAAAAUAUCUAUCAUUCCUCGAGGCCAAGCUGGUGGGCUUACCUUUUUCGCCCCAAGCGAAGAGAGGCUUGAAUCUGGCUUGUAUAGCAGAAGUUACCUUGAGAAUCAGAUGGCUGUAGCCCUCGGUGGAAGGGUUGCGGAAGAGGUUAUUUUUGGCAAAGAGAAUGUAACAACAGGGGCAUCAAAUGACUUUAUGCAAGUAUCACGAGUUGCACGUCAGAUGGUGGAGAGAUUCGGGUUCAGCAAAAAGAUUGGGCAAGUAGCUGUAGGUGGAUCUGGAGGAGAUCCCUUCCUAGGGCAGCAGAUGUCUUCCCAGAAAGAUUACUCUAUGGCAACCGCUGAUGUGGUGGACUCAGAAGUAAGAGAGCUGGUAGAGAAGGCAUACGCAAGGGCCACAGAGAUCAUCAACACACACAUUGACAUACUACACAAGCUUGCCCAACUUCUUAUAGAGAAGGAAAGUGUUGACGGGGAAGAGUUCAUGAGCCUUUUCAUUGAUGGCAAGGCUGAGCUAUAUGUUGCAUAAUUCCACUUUGUUCAUAACAUAUGCAAUUCAUGAGGUAUUGUAAACAUAUGUCGAUACUGAUCCGUACAGGUACAUGAAAUGACAGUGUAAUCAUAUAACAGUUGUAGAAAUACAUCAGGCCCAAACAUCUCAUAUUGAAAAGCAAAUCUUGAAAACUUAUGAAUGAUCUAGCAUGUGC